AUGAGCAAGACAGCGGAAGCAAAACAGUUGGUGUCCAAGUUACGCCAGUUGGUUUCGGACGUCGAGCUCCCGGGAGAACCGGAUUUCUUAAAAGACGGAGUGUUGCUUCUGUUUCUGAAGUCGCGGAAUUGGGAUUUGCGGUCUUCUGAACAAAUGCUGCGAAAAGCACUCAACUGGAGGAAAGAAAUUCAGCCACGGACUCUGCAAUGCGACCAGUGUCACUGGAAUCCUGGUUGUCACUCUUUGCGCCAAAUCGGUCACGACGAAACUGGACGACCUGUUUUAUACGCAUCAUUUUUCCCUGCUCAUCCAUCUCAAAGGAAUUCCCUGAAUGGUGCUCUGGUCCACUUGAUCUUCGUGAUUGAAAAUGCGAUUCGGAGUAUGUUAUCGGAUGUCAACCAAUGGGUGUUUGUGAUUGACUGUGCAAGUAAGUUUCUGUAUUUUGAAAGUCAUUAUACACGGUGA